AUGCCGACAGCGAGAACUAAAACUUUCUUGCUUGCAUUUAUACUUAGUAGCGUUUUCCUGUGUAUAUCUCUCCUCUCUGAGCGCUCUCUAGUCCAGAUUGAAAGGGUUGUCGAACCCGAACAAGAAUCCGAAUAUGAAAAAAUGCAGAGUUCAAAGCUACGAAAACAUUUCGAACUUAUUCAAAAGAUGGAUGCGGAAAUACAAACGCAACUGCGCGAGAGAUUUAAGAGUGUAUUCAAAGAGCAUGGGUUUGAGGUCCAAGGUAGGGCAGCUCUUUGCAUUGGUUCCCGUUUAGGAGGAGAAGUGCGAGCAUUGCAGGAUCUUGGUGCCCUUGCAGUAGGUAUAGAUUUCAAUCCAGGAGAGAAGAAUAAGCACGUCUUAUAUGGAAGUGCGACAGAUUUGCAAUUUGCCUCGGGAGUGUUUGAUAUGCUUUACUCAAAUAUUCUGGAUCACAUACAGGAUAUUGAUAUAUUUUUCCGCGAGGUUUCUCGUGUAGCUAAGCAAGGUAGUCUUCUUCUAUUAGAUCUAGAUCAAAAUAGCCCUGACGAGUGGUCAGUGCGAGAUUUAAGAGGAAAUGUGGACAAAUUCUCUAUUCAGGUACAAAAUAUGGGAUGGAAGCUGUUAAGUAGGAGUGUUAUAACGAAUGAGAAGGAUAAUGGCAAGAUUGCUUUAGUCUUUUCCUAUAGACUCUGA